CUGCCCCAUCACAGAGCCAUGGUUCCCCACCUGCCCCAUCACCUCAUACUCUGCCCCAGCUCCUGCCCCAUCACAAAGCUAUGGUGCCCCAUCUGCCCCAGCUCCUGCCCCAUCACAGAGCUAUGGUGCCCCAUCUGCCCCAGCUCCUGCCCCAUCACAGAGCCAUGGUGCUCCUCCUGCCCCAUCACAGAGCUAUGGUGCCCCAUCUGCCCCAGCCCCUGCCCCAUCACAGAGCUAUGGUGCCCCAUCUGCCCCAGCUCCUGCCCCAUCACAAAGCUAUGGUGCCCCGCCUGCCCCAGCUCCUGCCCCAUCGCAGAGCUAUGGUGCCCCGCCUGCCCCAGCUCCUGCCCCAUCACAGAGCUAUGGUGUGCCCGCCUGCCCCAUCACAGAGUUAUGGUUCUCUCCUCCCUGCCCCAUCACAAAGCUAUGGUGCCCCACCUGCCCCAUCACAGAGCUAUGGUUCCCCGCCUGCCCCAGCCCCUGCCCCAUCGCAGAGCUAUGGUGCCCCGCCUGCCCCAGCCCCUGCCCCAUCGCAAAGCUAUGGUGCCCCACCUGCCCAUCACAAAGCUACGGUGCCCGCCUGCCCCAGCUCCUGCCCCAUCACAGAGCUAUGGUGCCCCACCUGCCCCAUCACAAAGCUACGGUGCCCCGCCUGCCCCAGCUCCUGCCCCAUCACAAAGCUAUGGUGCCCCACCUGCCCCAUCCAGCAGCUAUAGAUCACCUUCUGAGGGAACAACCACGAACACCGGCCCCUACGAGUCUUUCCUUAAUGAAGACUUCAACUUUCCCUCAUUUGCUGAUCUUUUUGCUGACGACCAGUGGGGCGAGAAGGUUUAGAGCUAGAGUCGAGUUUUAGCGCUAGCUGAUUCAAGUGGUCCUGUCGUCUGAUGUGAAAGUAACUGUCUAGUGAAUUACUGUCUCAUGAAAUUACUGGUUAGGAAACAUUUUUUCGCUGUACAAUAGGUCGACUAUCUUUCUAUAUCAUCAUAUAGUAGGUCGAACAUCUAUCUAUAUCAUCAUACAGUAGGUCGAGUAGGUGUUUGCCUUUUAUGGUAGAUUGAUUCUCACAAACCCAGAGGCUAUUUCCUAGAUUCCUUAAAGUCUUGUUUAUCGUCUUAGGGGAGAGAGAAGGACUUUGUUUAGCUUCUCACCAAAAUUCUCUUCACUAGUCAUCCUCUGAUACUCAUUAAAUGAAGAUCAUCAUGAGUGAAUAACAUGAAUAACUUAACGAAUAACCUGAGUAAAUUAGUGAAUAUCCUCAACAUCUUGUAUAAAUACAUUCUGGUUAUUGUAUGGGAGUGAAUAAUGUCGUAACUAUUCAACAUUAAUUAUAGUUUGAGAUAGUCAUUUGUUGAUACUCCUGCACCAGUGAAAAGAGUUUGUUUUUACUUAUAUACUCUUGAGUCGUUAUUGGUAAACAAACACCUGCUUUACCGUAUACAGUUGAUCAUAAACAAGAUGUAAAAACAGACUACUUAGAUCCGGACAAAUAUUCUCAUCCUUCAAAUAUUGGGAUCUGUCACCUGUUUAGUAUUGAAACCUCCAUUAAGAAACUCAAGAGUCUAUAGUGACCUUUACAGAUUUAAACACUAUUUCAUAAAGAGAAUAAAGGAAUCUAGUCUCAUGUGGAGGCCAUCUUUUUUAUUUUUUUAUUUCUUUGUUGUUUUCUUAUCACCAACAGUUCUUAUAUUUAAGGAAUAAGUCUUACAAGUUUCACCAGCCUUCGUUAAAUUACCUUGACUCCUUGUGUUAAGAUAUCUAGGUUGUUUACACUAAGGCAACAGCGCUUAGCAUCUCCAGUACACAACCUAACUCCUGUAUUUUGAGACGCCAAUGAAUAUAAACUACCAAGAUAGUUUUUUUAUGGUAUUUUCGAUGAUCUAUAAGACGUAUUUUUACUUGUAUGUUUCCUUUUGUUUAUUUUUAUUGUUGACACCCGCCUCGGUUAGUGGUGCCGGGAGCGUGUUGUCUACCCUCCUGUAGUGUCCACUCACGAGUCAUUCAUUUGUUGAUGUUUUGAUGUUGUCUCAGUCCUUGCCAUGUUGUUUGACCAAUAUUUAUACACCAAUUGUAUAUAUUGUCUGUUUUUGGACUGUGUGGUCUACUUUAUACUUUUUUAAUUAAAUACUUCACAUACAA